UCAGCCGUGAUCAAAACAAGCGCACAACCAAAAUCGUGGCGCUUUAUCGUCAGUUUGCUCUGUGAUAUUAUUAUCAUGCACAAACAUUUAAUGUCAUAAACUCAGCAAUGCCAAUUCAAAACCAGGCCGCAUUCUUUCAACUGUCACUGCUACUGUUGGCAGACCUGUCCAACCGGUUGUCACUAAUUAAAUGUUUGUUUUUUAGGACGUUUACAGAAAUCAGCAAAUUCCACAAAUAUUUUUCUCUACAAAGCUGGAAAAAGUUCGUUAUUCAAGUGCUAGGGAAAAGGGGGAAAUCAUUGCAGAAAUCUACAGUUGUAGAUGACUUAGGUGAAUCCCCAGCCUUGGAAGUUCUUGCAUACAAAAAUAAAGAUGGUAAAGGCUAUUUUGCAAAAUCAACAACACCCAGAUCUCCACGCUCUUCCAAAGUGAAGUUCAGAGUAGGGCAAGUGAUAAAGCACAAAAUAUGGGGCUACCGAGGAGUUAUCAUAGGUUGGGAUGAAGACGCAAAAGCACCAGAGUGGUGGGUGAAUCAAAAUCAUCCUGAUGAUAAACCGGACUGGCGAACGCAGCCCAAUUACUCGGUGAUAGUGGAUACGCGAGAUCGGCCUACACCGCAGAGCACCUACAUCCCACAGGAAAACAUUGAAGUGCUAAAACAGACUAAGAUCAUCCAUCCGGUCUUGGACGACUACUUUGAGAAUUAUGAUGGGACGCAGUACCUCAUCCGACCGUGGCUCAAGGCCCUGUACCCCCACGACUAGUGUGGAGUGAUACAGGAAUGCAGUGCUCGCUAACACUGUACUGUGUUCGUCGUGAAUCAAGGCAGUGUACCCGCCACAACAUCGUACGGAGGGAGGUCUCACAUGUCAGCUGGGUGUCUUCACAUCGUCAUGCUAGUCAAUCUGAGAAUCGCUGGGCAUGUGAAUCGUCAAAGGCCAAGCGGUGUCAGGGAGUUAUUUUGUUAUCAUCUGAAUGUCAGGUGUCAUGCGUGGUGGUGCGAGUAUGGGAUGCAUGCCCUGCAGACAGGCACCUGUAAUCUCACAGAACCUGUUUGGAAAUCGGGAUUGUUUUUAUUUACUCAUUGGGCCUUCUCCGUACAACCGUUAGUUAGAAUUAAAAUUUCAUGUUUAGCCAUGUGAAAUUAAAGGCACCAAGACAUUCACUGAGUUAAAAUUACCAGUAGACUUGCUUUUCACCUUGUGCUUUGCCUGUUUUAGUAUUUAUCAGGAUCUUGUGUUUGUUUCCUUUUUUUUCUUACUUGGAUCUACCGCCAUCCUUAGUUCUACGGAAAAUGCAUUGUUUUAUUUAGGGGUGCACCGGAACUAUCCGGCCGGAUCCCCAAUUUUUCAGAGUUCCGGUUCCGGCCGGAACCCUUCAGAA